GGUAGUUAUUAGAUAUUGUUAGCGUGGGUUUAAAGUGAAUAGGUACGUGAUUGCUGUUGAUUUAUAUUUGUUGUUAAAUUGCUCUUUAUUGCGUCUUUUACCAGUUUUCGUUAAACUAUAAUUGGUGGAAGGGGAUUUCCUCUUAUGAAUUGUAAAAUCCAGCAAUCCCCACACAGGCUGUCAUUAUGUCACAGCAGUAUAGUUUACGGUGGAAUAAUCACCAACCCAAUUUUAUAUCAAUGUUUACAACUCUUCUGAACACAAAAACUCUGGUUGACGUCACACUGGCAGCAGAAGGACAACAUUUGCAGGCACACAAAGUUGUUCUGUCGGCAUGUAGUACAUACUUUCAGGCUCUAUUUGUUGAUAACCCUUCACGCCAUCCAAUUGUAAUCUUAAAAGAUGUCACAUUUGCUGAUCUACGUACAAUGGUUGAUUUUAUGUAUUAUGGUGAAGUGAACGUCACAGAGGAACAAUUACCACAAGUUUUAGAUACAGCAAAGUUAUUAAAAAUCAAAGGUCUAACAGAAAUGCCUGAUUCAACCUCACUCACUCGGCAGAACACAUCCUCCGAAUUUCAGUCUCCUGGUGAAUCGAUGGAGUCUGUUAGACCCUCAGCUUCUCCAUCAUCAUCUCCAUGCAGAAAAAGAAGACGCAGAAAGAGUUCAUCAGGCUCAACAAACCUAGGAACUUUAGUGCACAAUGAAAGUAAAAAUGAAGAUUUUGGACAGAACUCUAGUGAGGUUGUUCGUGCUGAUACAAUAAUGCUAAGCACCCUUCCACAGCAAAGAAGGAGGGAAUAUGAAGAAAGACUGGAUGUUAUACCACAGCCUGGAGAAACGCACAAUUUAAAUAUGGAACCUAUGUCCAUGGACACAAACCCGGUUGGACUAGUACAAGGAGGACAGUGGAGUAUGUUGGAGCACACUUACCCGCGAUAUCCGAAUGCAGCAUGUAUAGGGGUCAGUGGCCUACAGCCCGAUCCAGGAAUGUACAUCAAUAACAUGAUGAACUCUCAUACGGACCAUGAAAUAAAUAACUACGGACAGAACUUAGGAGUUACAGGCCCGUCGCCUGGGCCCAGUUGUGCUGCAGAAUCCCAAAACUCACACUUAAUGGUAGUUCAAGGGCAGCCCAGGCGUAGAAGAACUACCAACCCUCAAGCUGCAGAAAACUUUCAAAAAGCUUUGGAAGCAGUCCGUACUGGUGGCAUAGGAUUUUGUAAGGCAGCUAAACUAUUUGGUGUCAACAACAGAACAUUGUGGUUGGAAUAUAAGAAGAAGGGCUAUCCAAACAAUAGACCCAGUAUCAAGAGUAGAAUAAAACGGGAACAUUCAUCACCUCCUCUUGAGAUGAAAGAUGAAAUACCACAGCAUGACCAACAAAUGGCGUUGAUAUGCCCGCCGCAUCCAGUCCCUGUAGGAUUUAUUGAUCCUCGGCCGCUUGACUUUCAAGUACAAGUAAACAAUCCCGGAUUAAAUGUAAACUAUCAGAUGCAAUAGAACAUCACUUGGUGGGUGGUGAGUCCAGAGUCUUAUUCACUGUCUCCUGGCACAACCGGAUAAUUUUAUAUCCCUCAUAGCCACUCACAUUCACAUUGUGACCAAUGGGAUAUCUUAUACAUUACUGUUUAGAAAUAGUUCAUAUUAUCUUGAUUUUUUAAUCAUUUUGAUAGUAAACCAGUGGAUUUAUUUUAUCAUGACCUCAGAAGUAAUUAUAUCCUUAAUUGCUGUAACAUCAAAGUCCUCCGUAUUGGAAGUUACCUAGAAGCUUAUAGAAAUUUAAUUUGAAAGGGAUUAUAAAGAUUAAUUCUUAAAAUCAAUGUUUAAACAGAUGGUGUACACUUAUGAAAUAACUAAAGCUGUAUGUAUAUGUAAAAAUGUAUCAGCUACAUCACAAUUUCUGUGUUUAUAUAUGCAUUUUUUGUUGUAACAAGGCACGGCUUAUUGUAUUUAGACAUACAAGACAAGAAAAUUAAGACAAAGAGUUAAUUAUUUUGAUAUAAAAUAUAAGUGGAAAUUACAGAAUGUUACGUAUGUAAUAUAAGAUACUGUAUGUACUUUAAGACUUAAAUUUUUGUAUAGUUUUUAUACCUUGUCGUGACUAUGUAUACAUAUACUAUAGUAUAUGAUUUUGUAAUAGCUACUUCAUCAUUGUAAUUUAAAUCCACUGCGGCUGUAAAAUAGUGUGAACAUCCCGUUCGGUUACCAAUUGCCAUAAACGAAAUAUUAUAUUUAGAUCUCAGUAGAAUAUUAGGAUUUAAAUAGUAAAGGUAACUUAACUGUAAAAUCUUAGUUUUAGUUUAAGUGAAAUGUGAUAGCGAAUUUAUUAUAGUUAAAAAUCUAAGAUUAUUAGAGCACAUGGCUAUAUAAGGUCCAUGGCAAGGAUUUUAUUUAGUACAGCUCUAUCACAUAAAUACAGGAUAUGUUUGUACAGAAUCUACCUCUGUCUAAGUAUUUAAUUGUUAAAUUUUAAUCAAGAAUGUAGAAUGAAAUGAAUGAUUAUCUAAUACAAUUAUUCAUUGCAGUAACAUACCAGUGAAAAUAAUUGUUAUUCUGUAAUAUGUGUGUUAACAGACUCUGUUAUAAGAAAACACUUUCUCAGUAAAAUCUCAAUUAAAUCUAAAAUAGAGAUGUGAUGAUUUUUUUUUAAUGCAGUAGGUAUCAAUUUUGUCAUCCAUUAUGCACAAAAAUAUGACAUAUGUAAUUACUGGCGAACAUAUCACUUAUACUUAACAACAUGUACUUAAAUUGAACUGCAAAUGAAUAAUAAUAACUUACUGUGACAAGGAUUUGAAUGAAAAUGAGUGGUGAACCUGUAGUUUGUUAAGUUAUUGAAGAUCUGUAUAAUAUGUUGUACAAUUUAUAUAGUGUGAUUGACCCAUAACGAUUACACUAUUGAACAUCACUGUGUAAGCGCAAAUUGUAAUUUCUAUAAAUUUGAUAAGCAAAAACUAUAAUGAUCAAACAUAUUAUUUAAUAAUUCAUAAUUAUUAUUACUGUUUCUAAUAAUUCAUAAUGGCCUCCGCCUGAUAAAAAUUACAUACAGACAUUAUUGUACCGUGUAUUGCAUUAAAUUUACUUGGUGUAUUGUUUAUUUACAUUUAUAAAAUACUAAUGUAGUUAAAUUCAUCACAAUAUCUCAUUCAUCUCCGUGCAAUACAGUGGGAUUGCAAGCCUAUAAUAAUUUAUUGAUAAAUUGACAUUUUUAUUUAUCUAAUCAACUGACAUUUAUAAGUAUUCUAUAGUAAGUUAAGGUCGUAGGUUAGUAUGAGUGUAUUAUUUAGAUUCUGAACGAUAAACUAGUUUUAAGGCCGCUUAAUGGCAAAAUUCGAUACAAGCAAACAUUUGCAGCAAGAUGCCUUUUGAUGGAAUUGAAUAAUUUUUUAGUCAAGGCCUCUCGUUUCUGCUGUACUAUUUCAUAGCCAUGAAUCUAAUUGUGAGCAGCAGAGUGGAAUUUUAGAGUGAUUUGCAACUAACCAGCAAAUAUGCUGUGAAGUUAUAGACAAUGAUAACUCUGAUUUAAGAAUAUUCUGUUCCAUCCAUUUUUUACGGUUCAAUCUAAGUAUAACAAUUUUAUUAUUUACUUUGUGGUCUUCCCAGAUCUCCCAGUAUUCUGCAUGCCAUAUCUGCAGCUGUUCAGCUUUAAGUGAAUUAUCUAUAAUUAUAACAUGUUAUAAUUGAUGUUUUGCUAAUGAAAUUAUUUUUGAAUCAUUUAUAAUAAUAAUAAUUAAAGAUCUCCAUUAUUUUUGACUGAUUUAUACAUUAUUUUUAUUGAAAUCUCGUGAAUGCAUUUCGCUAGACUGGAGUAUUUAUAGGUGAAGAAUGGAAUGUACUUAUAAUAAGAUAGUGGUAGAAUUGCAUGAACAAGUCUGGCAAUCAUUAUUUUAGAUUAUGUAUGUGAUUUUAGUACCGGAUAAGUAUUUGUUAGGAUUAUUACUUAGAAUGUUAUGAUAAAAACUUAAUGAGGAAAAUAAGAAAUUAUAUUUCCGGAAAUUCUGCAUUUAAUUGAUAAUAAGUUCAUAAUCAUUGCAUGGUCAAUCAUAUAAUUAUUAAAAACAAAAUUAUAUAAAAACCCGCCCAAUGAGAACUUAUAACAUAAUUCUUAUGCACUUCAUAAGAGUGAAGUAAUAAGCAUAAAUCGAAUCAAUUUCGAGAUAUUUCAUUAAAUAUAUGUAAUAUGUAUAUAUUUACAUGAAUAAUGAGUAUUAAUGGGUGUUAUACAGGCAGAUCUAUCGUUGUUGCCAUUUAAAAUAUUAAUUAUAUUUUCUGGUAUUACUGACAAGUACUUGUAUAGGUAAAAUAGAUCGAAGAUGCUUGGUUAUUAUAACAUUUGUUACAAGAAAGGCUCUCUUAAUAUAUCCAGACAUAUUUGUUUUUAUCGAUUGUCAUUUGUACUAAGAAUACUAAUAUUCUCUCAUGUAAGAAAAUGAUGGAAAUUUUUUACCAGGUAGCUUUGUAGAUCGUAUAUUAUAAGGUGUAUUGACUACAAGUUAUUUCUGUGAUAUUAUCUCGGAGUUUUAUGGUUAAUUCGAAAGAAUACUUGAAUUCUAAGUACAAAUUAGCGAGUUUGUGUAAGUGUUUAGCCAAAAGUAUUUCAUACCCUUUUCAUUUCCUAUUUAGAGUAGCGCUGGGUUUAGUAAUUGAAGAACGACUGUAUAUAUAUAUUGAAAAUAUAUAAGUAUCUUAUAUUUACUUGUUUAUACUGUCUGUGAGAUUAUUAUGAUACAAAUUCAAGCGAUGUAUUGCUACGGGUUUAAGGUUGAAUUAGGAUAGUUAAGUUGGUGAAAGUAAUUUGGCCUUUCAAUUUGGUAAUCAGUGUUUUUAUCAAAUAGUAGUAUUAUAAAUAUUCGUGUAAAAUAUGUUACCACUUGCUUUUAUAACUUCAGUAUUAUGAUUCAGUACAUUUGUGAUUUUUUUUUUAAACAAAAUGUCAAUUAUUAUAUAUGUACAUAUUUUUGCAUUUUAUUUUGUGACGUUUAAAAAUAACACCUUUGUGAUUUGUACGGUGAAUAGUUUUAUUGGUUUCACGUUCUAAGUGGAUAUAUUUAUCAUGCUGUACUAUAUAUUCGUGCGUAGCACUAUUAAUACCAAAAUAGGCAAUAAAUCAUGUGGUUAU